GGAAGUCUGUCUAAACUCACAUAACCGGUUGUUUGAGGUGGAGUGCAAAGUAUCGAUAGAGAGAGGAUAAGCAUAGCAUGACAGCACGGAAUACAAUUUAACACAGAAGGACUGCAAGAAAAAUUGAGAAGAGCAGAAGAUUUACAGGAUUCACAGGAACAACACUUUUUUCAACAUAAUGGAAAUCCCAGACUUGUCCUCAAUGAAACUACCUAGUCGACCAGAGUUGUUUGAUUUUGAGGGUGUUUCUAUGGUCCACUACUUCACUGACAACUGGGAAAAUGUGAAAAACUUUCAAGCAAGACCUGAUGACAUUCUUAUCGCUACUUACCCCAAAGCAGGUACCACCUGGGUCUCAUAUAUUCUAAACCUUCUGUAUUUUGGUAAGGAUGGGACUUCCGAACCUAUCUAUAUGAGAGUUCCGUUCCUGGAGUCAUGUUUUAAGGUGAUACCAUCAGGGACAGAACUGGCUGAUAAUCUGCCUACUUCUCCUCGCCUCAUCAAAACUCAUUUACCUGUUCAGCUUGUGCCCAAGUCCUUCUGGGAGCAGAAAUCAAGGAUUGUGUAUGUAGCACGGAAUGCAAAAGACAAUGCAGUUUCCUAUUUUCAUUUUGAUCGAAUGAACAUGGCAGAACCUGAACCAGGAGACUGGAACACCUACUUACAGAAAUUUAUAGAAGGAAAGAAAGUGUUUGGUUCUUGGUUUGAUCAUGUCAGUGGAUGGUGGGAGAAAAAACAGACAUAUUCUAACCUACUGUACUUGUUCUAUGAGGAUUUGGCUGAAGACACAGGACGUGAGGUGGAACGUUUGUGUUCCUUCUUAGGUUUGUCCACCUCAGUUGAAGAGAGGGAGGAAAUAACAAAAGGAGUUCAGUUUGAUGCUAUGAAACAGAACAAGAUGACCAACUAUUCCAGUCUCCCAGUCAUGGACUUCAAGAUCUCACCCUUCAUGCGGAAAGGUAAAGUUGGAGACUGGAAAAAUCAUUUCACUGUAGCACAAAAUGAACAGUUUGAUGAGGUCUACAAAAAGAAAAUGAAGAACACCACUGUCAAGUUCCGCACUGAGAUUUAAUACUUGAGUUCUAGGUUUCACCAUUAAUAUGAUGAUUUCUGCAAAAAGUGGUAAAUGUGUAUUUAUAUAAAAACAUUGUGAAAAUGCAGACUUAUCACUAAUACCAAAGACAAUGGUGCUUAUUUAGAUUAUUAAAGUUUAUGGAUAGAUAAGAUAACUUAGUGUGUAAACUGACCCUCCAAUAAAGAUACUCAUCAUAUUCAGUA